AGAAAGGUCUUUGAUGGUUGUUAGGAAGAGGCCAUCAUUAACCAUUAUCAACAUUGUCCUCUCUUGGAAUCCUAUGAAUCUAUAACCCUACACUCUUAACAAAAUUUCUCUCCCAAAAUUUUUGCAAUUUGAAACUUCAAAGAAAUCUCAAAAUUCUUCUUCUGGUUCCUACUACACCUAUAAUAUAAAGUCCAGUGCACUCAGCUAUUCCAGAAGUUGUUGCUAGAAGAAGAAAAUCUCUUAAUUCAGCCUAGAUUUCAAUCCAUUAUGGGCCUAUCACAGUAUCCAACUCCAGCAGAUGCAGGAGUGCUCUGUGUGAUUCUAGUAAACACAGCCAUAUCUAUCUCUAUCGUCAAGGAGAUAGUCCGAUCGAUCCUUCAUGUGAUUGGCAUCCACAUAGCAUCAUGGGACGAAUAUUCCAUAGAAGGCCCUUUAGACCCGUUUGAAUGUCGAGGUAGCCCAUCGGAAUCAUAUAUGGACGAAUUCAGGAGUCGUACCCCUGCAAUUCGGUACGACUCAAUCUGUAUCUCUAACCACGCCGAGAAAGAGUGCUCGGUUUGCUUGACGGAUUUUGAGCCCGACGCAGAGAUAAACCAUCUCUCGUGUGGUCAUGUUUUCCACAAGCUUUGUCUAGAGAAGUGGCUCAAGUACUGGAAUGUAACUUGUCCACUUUGUAGGAAUUACAUGAUGAUGUCUCAGGAAGGUGAAGAAGAUACUUGUCCUAUGUGAGCUAUAGAAGUUUAUGAGGCUUUUAACACUACUAUACAUCUCUGAGGAUGUUCUGCUGUACAGCUUAGUAGUGUACAUGCAAUGGUUGAUCUUUGACAUUGGGUAGUUUCUGUAGCUUUUCAUAUUUGUAAUGCUUUGGCGUCCUCUCGGAGUGACGGGUCUCUUUGCUGUGACCAAGAAGAAUUCAUACAUUCUUGUACAUAAUAUAUGGAAGAUUUUCUUAUCAUGUUUC